AAGCAAAUCAAAACAAGGAUAGCCAGUGAGAAGUUACAUCAUGCUGCUCUUAUCUAUUUACUUUUAGAGAAACACAAACAUUAGUGAAACAGGGGACAGAUAUUCACUGUGUGGCCACAGGAAAGAACCGAGAAGCGUCUAUACAUCUCUACAAAGGAUGGAACGCAAGCUGGCUUUGUUUCUGCUAUUUCCAUUUGUGUUUUUUACCAUCGUAAAAACACAACAUGACAAUGUAUGUCUUAGGCCUGAGCUGGCUGCCAACAUUGAGAUGGAUGGGCUCCAGAGGUUCUACAGCCCGGGUGUGGAGUUAGCGCUGUCCUGCAAACAGGGACACACCCCAGUUUCCGGCCCUCGGAAGAUUGUGUGUGCUGCCAGUGGAACAUGGACAAAAACCAAAUUAAUGUGCUUACCCAAACGGUGUCCCCAUCCUGAUCCAUUGUCCAAUGGAGAAUUAUACUAUGAGGACACUGUGUUCCAGAGUAUGAUCAACUAUACCUGUGAUGAAGGGUACACCAUGAAUGGAAACAGCAGUGCCCUGUGCCUUGCUGAUGGAACAUGGAGCACACCAGUACCAGAGUGCAAGUCUGUUACCUGUGAUCUUGCUCCGAUUCCACCUUUCGGUAUGAUUGUUUAUGACAAGAGGAUCAGAGGCAACACUGUUGAUUACGGUGUCGGGGGGACGUACAAGUGUAAUCCUCCAUACAUCGUUGUUGGCAAAGCAAGAGCAGAGUGCACUGUCCUCGGCAACUGGACCAAGACACCUGAAUGUCAAGUGGUGACCUGCCCUCCACCGGAGAACAUUGACAGAGGCUUCAUGUCAAGCAGCGAACCGAGGGACUAUGACUAUAUGGAAACAAUUAAAUAUGGCUGCAAUGGAGACUAUGUGCUUAAAGGAAGCCAUGAGAUUGUUUGUCAGCAAAAUGGGAAUUGGUCUGAAAAGCCAUCUUGCAAAGCUCCUUGCAGUGUCGGCAUAGAGACGGCAAGGAUAUUAUACAAAGGGAAAAAAAUCUGGAUCAAAGACCUACAACCCAACAGAGUCUUACACAACGACAUUGUCUCAGUCUACUGCAUGGACAAACCCAGGAAGUGUGGUUAUGCAGUGCAAACCCAGUGCAUCGACGGAAAACUAAAAAUCCCUGAAUGCUUUGAACAGCCCAGUGGUGUUGAUUAUAACCUUUAUCCGGGUUCACUUCCAUCAGAAAUCACACAAUGCUGAAACAGCAGCAGAUUGCUUCUCUGAGGACGAUUUAACUACAGCAAUAAGGAAUAUGUUUAUUUGUUCUGGUUGGUAAUGGAUUUUCCCAUAUUUGUGAUUGUUGACAUGUUGACCUUUUCAGUCCUUUAUCAAUAAAUAAGAAUGCAAUUUUG